AAUUGACAACAAAUCUUCGAAUUAACAACGAACGCUCUUCGCUUUCAACAACAAAAAUAAUAAUAAAAAUGUCGCACUUCAACUUUGUCGCUCUCUUCGUCUGCGCUGUUCUCUUUGUCCUCUGCCAGCAGCAAGCAGAGGCAGCCUUUGCACGCGUUGAUCACAGCAAUCCUUCGCAUCCGGGCAAGUGUGUGUUGACCUCCAAUAUGAUUCUGUCGCCCGGUCAAACUGGCAAGGCGCCAAAUCAUCCCUGUACUGGCGUUACCUGCAUGGAUAAUGGCAUUGUUGAGUAUACCACAUGUCAAGCGUUGCCGCUACCUAGAGGCUGCAAGCUGCGUGACUUUGUCAACACGAAUCGCGAUUUUCCUGGAUGCUGUGAGCGCGCUCACGAUUGCUCGAAGCACAUUUAAACGUUGAGCCGUUUGUUAUCGAUAUCGGUAUGACAUCGAUGGGCGCUUUGUUUGAUUUGCCGUCAUUUUUUGUUUGCUUUUCGUUUUGUUUUUAUUUAUUUUGUAUACUACAACAUAACAAUUAA